AGCUUGGCCCUCACGGAAGGACAGAAAUCAAUCUAAAAAUAACGACUUCAUAAAGAAGAAAAGAGAAGAGAGUGAAAGAGAUAAGAGAUGGGGAACACAUUUUGCGUAUUUGUUGGGUGCAUAGACCAGGCCAGUAUCGGCGUGGUCGAGAAAUGGGGAAGGUUUGACAAGUUGGCUCAGCCGGGGCUCAACUUUUUCAACCCUUUGGCGGGUGAAUGGCUCGCUGGAGUUAUGUCCACAAGGAUCAGUUCCCUCGAUGUCCGCAUCGAAACCAAAACCAAGGAUAAUGUCUUUGUGCAACUGCUUUGCUCAAUCCAAUACCGGAUAGUUAAACAGAAUGCUGAUGAUGCAUUUUAUGAGCUGCAAAACCCCAAAGAGCAGAUCCAGGCUUAUGUAUUUGAUGUGGUUCGUGCUUUUGUUCCGAGAAUGACUUUGGAUGAACUCUUUGAACAAAAGGGUGAAGUUGCUAAAUCUGUUUUGGAGGAACUUGAGAAGGUGAUGGGAGCGUAUGGAUAUAGCAUUGAACAUAUGUUGAUGGUUGACAUUAUACCUGAUGCUGCUGUGCGCAAAGCAAUGAAUGAGAUUAAUGCAGCUCAAAGACUUCAGCUUGCUAGUGUAUACAAAGGGGAAGCUGAGAAGAUUCUCCAAGUUAAAAGAGCAGAAGCGGAAGCUGAAGCCAAGUACCUUGGUGGAGUAGGAGUGGCGAGACAACGGCAGGCAAUUACAGAUGGUCUAAGAGAAAACAUCUUGAACUUCUCUCACAAGGUGGAAGGCACCUCAGCUAAGGAAGUGAUGGAUCUCAUCAUGGUUACUCAGUAUUUUGACACAAUUAAGGACCUUGGAAACUCAUCUAAGAACACCACUGUCUUUAUACCCCAUGGUCCUGGCCAUGUUAGGGAUAUCACUGAGCAGAUACGCAAUGGGAUGAUGGAGGGUGCCAGUGCUCAAAUAAAAAUCGAGUGAUUUCAGCCCCUGAGCAGGUAUUCUCCGAAAUUGUCGCCCUUGGUAAGGUGCUAUCUUUUAAUUUAGAGAGGUUGCAUAAAAUAGAUUGCGUUCAAACUAGUUAAUACUAAUACAGUUACAUUUUAUAGUAUACUGCAUAAUGGUGUUCAUAUUACUGUUACUUUGUUUUCAAGCUGUAUAAGCUCUGGAAAACAAGUUUUGGUAAUAAUUUGUUUGGAAACUGAUGAUUAAUAUGAUAUGCAAGGGCUACAAAUAUAUCUCCUCA